AUGAAUCAUAGUAAAGACUAAGCAGUCAUCUAACUUAAUUAACUUUAGAAUAAUAAAUUAGGUUCAAUGGAAAGAAAAAUAUUAGAAACCUGUUUCAAAGAAUGGGAGAUGUUCUUAUUACUUAAAGAUUUUCUCAUAAAUGAACAAUAUUAAAAUAUCCCAUUUACAUUUGGAUCAUAUUUAAAAAGUAAAUUAUUUAUUGAAGGAAAUGAACUCUAAAAAAAUGAAAUUAAAUUUGCAAUUAAUAAUAUCAAUAAGUUUUUGGGAAUUAUGAUUUCCAAUAAGUUGCUUACUUUAACUAAAUAAAAUGAAGAGAAAUUGGAGGAAGUGAUAAAAAUUUUUAGUAAUUUUAUGAAGGAUAAACAUUAUAAUGAAAGUACAACAUUAAAAAUUUCAUAACAAUAAAUAAAAAAAGUGAUAUAAAAAUUAGAAGAGUAUUUCUAAAAUCUAUAUGAUAUAAUUAAAAUUUUGAGUCUUAAUUAAGGUAAAUUGAAAGAGAGAAAUAAAGAAUUUGAGAAACUUAAUAAACUGUUGAGUAUGAAGGAGAUGUUGGAAUUGUAUAUUCUUGAAGAUGAAGGACAUCAAAAUGUUAGUGACGAAAUUGGUACCCUUUAGGAGUGGAGAAAUUUCAUUUUUGUAGAGUUAAAAAAUUUUGAUUUGAAAGAAUUUUAAUUAUCAUUUCUUGAAUUACCUUAAAAUAAGUGCAAAAAUUUGGGAGAUGUUUAAAAGUUGAUCGAGAUUUAUUAGAAAGAAAUACAUUAGAUAGAGAUACAUUAGCUUCAAAAUAACUUAUUACAAUAUUUUUAGAAUUUAUUAAAUAAUCUAUGUUAAUAUUAUCAAAACAUAUGUAAUGAAAUUUAAGAUACUUUUUCAGAAUUCAAUUUUCUCCAUAAGGAAAUUAUGGUUAUAUAAUAUUAAAUUGAGACAUUUCCUUAAAUUUUUGAACUUAAAAAAAUUAAAUAAGCUUUUACUGAUAAGCAUCUCCUUAAAUUUCUAGGAAACUUAAAGUACAAAAGUCUGAAGCUAAAAUUAAAAUUGAUUACUUCAAAGAAGUCUUUUUCAAUGAUAUUAGAAAAAGCCAAACCAGAGGAGUUAAUAAAGUUGUCAGAAGUUAUAAAUCUUGAUGAGUUUUUGAUCAGUGUAAUUGAAGAUUUUCCAAAAAGAAUUAUGAGAGAAAAAUUUAAUUUAAACACAUUACUAACUGAAUUAUAGAAUAUUGAAAUCACAAAUAUAGACUUUGAAUAAAGGUUAUCGAAGUAAAAAGGAAUAAUAAAAUCCCUCCUAUUUAAAUAGAGUAUAAAGGAAAAACAGAUUGAAGAAGCAGAAAAAGAUUUAGAGUUGUUUGUGAAGGAAUUUGGUGAAUAAUUCAUCAAAGAAUCUGCUACCUAAUUGUCUAUGUUGAAAAUUAAUAAAAUUUUUGAAGAGCUAAAUGUUGAUGAAUCCUUAAAAAAGGUGAUGGAUGAAAAAUUAAAUUUAUCAGAAUUGAAAUUGGAAAAAGAAAAAUUUGAUAUUUUUUUAUCUCAAUUAAAAAAAAUUGAAAAUUUUUGUAGAUUUUCGUAGUUAGAAAAUUGGAAUCAAUUAAUCCUAUGAACAGAAACCUUGAUUCAAACAAUGGAAAAAUUUGGAUGUCCAAAUAAGGAAUUUUAAAAAUGUUAAUUUAAGAAGAGCUAAUCUAAUUAAAAACUCUAAUGAGCGAAUAAAAAAUAAAUUAUGAAAAAUACCAAGCAUAGACAACUCCAAAAGACUUGAUAAGAAAGGAGUAAGUUGAUAAUGCAAACAAUGACAAAUAUCCUUAAAUUGAAUAAAUUUAAUUGAAUGAUUAAGGAGGAAAAAGUGAAAAUGGUGAAAAUGGCGUUGAUAAUUAAAAUGGAAAGUAAUUUAAUUUUUCUAGCAAUGAAAACUAUAAAACAUCCCUAUCAUUCAUAUUGAAAGUAGUAAAGUUAAAAAAAUUAAUACUGAAAGAAGAGAUGGUUUUAUUACACAAAUUACUUGAAGAGGUUGUUUAUUUUUCGAAUACAAUUAAUUAAAUAGAAAAGUUUAAAAAAGAAAUUUAAACCAAAUUCGAAUAAAAAUUUAAAUGUUGUAUUUAAGAAUUUAUUCAAAAGUUUGAGCAAUUAUAAUUUUCAUAUUUUAAUUUAGAUUAGAGAAUGAUGAAAAUUUUCAUUUGUACCUUGAAAGUUUGGAAACAAAGAUUUUUAAAAAGGUAAAUGAGAAAGAGAAUACUCAAAUUAAAACCAAUAUCUUGGAUUUUCUUAAUCGUUUAGUAUUUUAUUUACAAGAAAAAUUAGAUUAAAAAAGUAGUUUUUCAAUCAUCCAAAUUGAAUAGGAUUUUCUAAUUCAAUUAAUAAAAAAAAUAUACUUCGAGAAUGACAGUGAAGAAGUAGAUGAUGGGGAAGAAUCAAAAGUAUAAUUUGGUUUAUUAGAUAAUAUGGUUAAAUUGUUCAAAGACCUUAAAAAUAAUGAAUAAUGGAAAAUUAAAUAAGGUUUAGUUUUUACUAUAAUUUAAAUUUCAUCAAAUUGUUUUUCAGAUUCUCUUACAUCUUUUUGUUAGAAAGUUCUUAUCCAAUUGUGGGUUCAAGAAAAAGAUUUAAGAGUUAGAAACAUUUUAAAAAAAAGAUUGGUAGACUUAACAUGAUAGAAUUGCAGGGAAAAUGUAGGAAAUGUUGAGCAGAAUUGAUGAAUUGUAAGAACAAAUUUCUCAUGAGGCUAAUCUCAACAAGCGAGAUUUAUACCUUAAAGAACUUGAUGAAACAACAGAGCAAUUAAAUUAAUAAAUUGAAAAUAUCAGUGAAAUGGGGUAAUAAUUGAGACUCUUAACCGAUUUUGUUAAUCAUAUCAGAAAAGGCUUGAUCAGAGUGGAGGGGAAAAUUAAUGAAAUGAAGGAAUAACUCAAAAGCAUAGAGGAAAAUCUGUUGAAUAAUUAUUUGAAAUUAGAAAAUGGAAGGUAUUGAAAGAUGCUGCACUUAAGAAUGCUAAAACCAUUUACAUACCGUUAGAAACCAAAGAGAUAGAUCAUAAAGGUGAAAAGAAAGAGGAUAAAUUAAGUAUUUUAAUAAAUUUAGAACAAAUUAAUGAUACUUAAGGAGAAGUGAAUGAGUUUUUAUUAGAAGAGAAAGAUACAGUGUUAUUAAUUCAUGGGAUAGCUGGAUCUGGCAAAAGUACAACAGCUAAGAAAAUAGAAGAAUUUAUUUGGAAAUUACAUAAUAAUAAUAAAAAAAUUAGAAAUCAAAUUCUCAUACCUGUUUAUAUUUCUUUACCUUCCUUAAAAAACCCUGUGUUUUAAGCAGUAGAGGAAAUCCUUCAUCAAGAUGAGUAUGGCUUUGACGAACUUUAAUUAAAAGAGUGCAAAGAGAUGUUAGAGAAGAAAGAAUUCAGAUUGUUAUUGAUAAUGGAUAGCUAUGAUGAAAUGAAACUACAAAAUAUUUAGAAAAAUUUAUAUAUGAAUAAUAAAGUCAAAUAGAAUUGGUCAGACCCACUUGUUAUUUUCACAACAAGAAGCGAAAUUUUUACGAGCAGUAAUUAUUCCUUAUGGUUUGCACCAGAAAAGAAAGAAAAUUUAAAGGAAAUUCAGCUUUAAAAAUUUAAUCUAAAAUAAAUAGAGUAAUACUUAAAAAAAUUCACAAUUUAGAGCAUUAAAAUGUUGAUUUUCGAAAUAUAUGAAUGGUAAACAUAAAUGUCAAAUUAAAGAGGAUUGGAUAUCAAUAAUUUUGAAAGUUUUGGGAACAAUUGUAGGAAUAAUGUUUGA